AUGCUCAACAAUCUGGACCUCAAGCAUGGCGGAGGAUCGUCAUCCUCAAUUGCCAAGGACCCAGAGCAGGUCGAGGUCUACGAGUACAACAAGUAUGCAGGCAUGGGCCUGACUCACGAAGAGGCCGAUUUCUUCGAGAACUUUUCUACAGAGCAGAGGAAGGCACUGAUCCGAAAGGUCGACUUGAGACUCGUCCCUGUCCUUGCCCUACUCUACCUCUUCUCUCACAUCGACAGAGCCAACAUCGGCAAUGCAAAGAUUGAGGUACCAUCCAACGUCCUUCUUAAGAAGUUUAAACGCCCCUCGACUUACAUCGGUAUCCUGGUUGUUUCAUGGGGCACUAUCAUGACGAUGACCGGUCUUGUCAAGAACUUUGCUGGCCUCAUGACUCGUCUUGCCUUGUUCUACUGCGCUUCCGCUCUAUCUGGUGCUUGCUCAGGUCUUCUAGCCUUCGCCAUCUCAAAGAUGGACGGGCUUGGUGGAAGACCUGGAUGGGCUUGGAUCUUCCUUCUUGAGUACGUCUUCCCCAUGGCAGAAGUUGUGUCCUAG